ACUUCCGGUGGGGAAGGGAAAGGAAAAGCAACACCGGAAGGGAGGAAGGUGCUGUGUAAUCACUGAGGAUUUGACGCACUUGGAGCUCCUAAAAUGCCGGAUUACCUUGGUGCGGAUCAGCGGAAAACCAAAGAAGAUGAGAAGGAAGACAAGCCCAUCCGAGCACUGGAUGAGGGGGAUAUUGCCUUGCUGAAAACUUAUGGUCAGAGUACUUACUCUAGGCAAAUCAAACAGGUCGAAGAUGACAUCCAGCAACUUCUUAAGAAAAUUAAUGAGCUCACAGGCAUUAAAGAGUCAGACACGGGCCUGGCCCCUCCAGCACUCUGGGAUUUGGCUGCAGAUAAGCAGACGCUGCAGAGUGAACAGCCUUUACAGGUUGCAAGGUGUACAAAGAUAAUCAAUGCUGAUUCAGAGGACCCAAAGUACAUUAUCAAUGUGAAGCAGUUUGCCAAGUUUGUGGUGGACCUCAGUGAUCAGGUGGCACCUACUGACAUUGAAGAAGGAAUGCGAGUUGGUGUGGACAGAAACAAGUAUCAGAUUCACAUUCCACUGCCUCCUAAGAUUGACCCAACAGUCACCAUGAUGCAGGUGGAAGAAAAACCUGAUGUCACAUAUAGUGAUGUUGGUGGCUGUAAGGAACAGAUUGAGAAACUGCGAGAAGUAGUUGAAACCCCACUACUUCAUCCAGAGAGGUUUGUUAAUCUUGGCAUUGAGCCUCCCAAGGGUGUGCUGCUCUUCGGUCCACCAGGUACGGGCAAGACCCUCUGUGCUCGGGCAGUUGCUAAUAGGACUGAUGCUUGCUUCAUUCGUGUUAUUGGAUCCGAACUGGUACAGAAAUAUGUGGGAGAGGGUGCUCGAAUGGUUCGUGAGCUCUUUGAAAUGGCCAGAACGAAGAAAGCCUGUCUUAUAUUCUUUGAUGAAAUUGAUGCUAUCGGAGGGGCUCGGUUUGAUGAUGGUGCUGGAGGUGACAACGAAGUGCAGAGAACAAUGUUGGAACUCAUCAAUCAGCUGGAUGGUUUUGAUCCUCGAGGCAAUAUUAAAGUGCUGAUGGCCACUAACAGACCUGAUACUUUGGACCCAGCACUCAUGAGACCAGGGAGGCUGGAUAGAAAGAUUGAAUUUAGCUUACCAGAUCUAGAGGGUCGGACUCACAUUUUUAAGAUUCAUGCUCGUUCAAUGAGUGUUGAAAGAGAUAUCAGAUUUGAAUUGUUAGCACGGCUGUGUCCAAAUAGCACUGGUGCUGAAAUUAGAAGUGUCUGCACAGAAGCUGGCAUGUUUGCGAUAAGAGCACGGCGAAAAAUUGCUACUGAAAAGGAUUUCUUGGAAGCUGUAAAUAAGGUCAUUAAGUCCUAUGCUAAAUUCAGUGCUACUCCCCGAUACAUGACUUACAACUGAGCCUUGAAGGCUGUCAGUGAAAACACUUCUUUUCAUUGGAAUCCUAGCCUUAUAUAAAGAGACUUGUUAACAAGCAUUUCACAGAAAAAUAAAUGGUUUCAAAUUCAAAACUGUAUGUUUUUUCAGCUCUCUUCU